AUGAAAUUAUCUGCUUUGAUAUUAGUUUUAAGUUUUUUUGUUUGUUUAAAAGCUAGUCAAAUUCUAUAUUGUACCAAGUAUUAAGCAAUUAACAAUGAAUUAAUUUGCACUUAGUGUUUCGAUGGAUUUGUAUUAGCAUUCAACUUUAGAAGCUGUAUUGGACAUAAUGUAGACUAUUUAAAUUUAUGUCGGAGAGUUAAUGAUUUAGGUUUAUGCGAAGAAGCGAUAGAUUGCAAUAUCUAGAUAGAUGAGAAUUAUAAAUAUAUUGAUUUAAAUUAAUACUAAUAUGAUAUCAACUGCGCUUAAGUGGAUACAGUAAAUAAGAUUUGUUUAUAGCCAAAAUUUCCAUACACGCUUGACAUAAACUUCAAUACUAUUUCACUAUUAAAUAAUUAUUGUAAAUUUUCCAAAUAUGGAAACUGUUAAGAAUAUUAUACUGUUGAUACUUGCUAUUCUGGAUAAGAAUUAUUUUAAAGGUUUAACAGCAAACCUAAUUUACCUUAUUGUAAGAAAUCAGUUCAGUUUGGAAGUCAUGAAAUUUGUUUUUAAUGUCAAGAAGGAGCUAUUUUUAUUAAUAAAUUAUAUUGUUAACCUUGCUUGCCUAUAAAUAGCUAAUAUAAUUUAAUUAGAAAUCAAGGUUUGAAUUGCUUUAUUAAGACCAAUCAAUUAAAUCUGAUUCAUGCAACAUUCUCCACAAAUAUCAUUAAGAAUUGUGAGAUUAUAAAUAUAAACUCUAAUUCAAUUUAAUGUGUUUAAUGCAUCAAUAACAUUUAGAACUAUUUUAAUGUUGAAAAUCAAAGUUGCCAAGAAAGGAAAUUUUCAAAGAAUUGUUUAUAUUAUAACCCAAUAUCAGAUUAAUGUCUAACAGUCGAAUGCUAAAAUGGCUACUACUUUCACAAUUAAUUAUUUAUAUAAGCAAUAAAUGGAUAUUACAACAAUUAGAAAUAUUAGAAAGGUACUUUAUUGGAAGAAAUUUUUACUUAGUAUUUUUCAGAUAGACAAAGUUCAGAUAAUUUCAAUUUUAAUGUUUUGCAAGCAUAUUAAAGUUUAUAUGCAGUUUAUUUAAACUUAACAGACUAUGGUUAUAAAAUUAUGAAUGACAUUUUUUAUACCCAAAACAUAAAUUAUGAAAUAUGCGUAAAUGAUUUCCCUUAAGUAGCAAGUAAUUACAUGUUUAGUAAAUAAUUUUCAUGCGAUAAGUCCUAAUUCUAUAUAAUUUACUAAUAAUUUCCUGAAAUAUAGUGUGAUUUUUUGUCACCUAUUUAGCAAAACUGUUUGGUCUUAGAUUCAAAUCAUUUCUGCAUUAGAUGCUAAAGUGGGUAUUAUUUAAUUAAUAAUUAAUGUUAUUAAGGACAGAUAUUCCAAAAUUGUCUUUGGUAGAUGCAAAAUUAAUGCAUUUUGUGCUAGAAAGAAACCUAUAAUCAAAUGAACUAAUUAUGUAUUUUUCCAUAGUGUCCAUUCAUCUCAGUAUAUGUCUCAAACGUUUCAUUACAGUGUCAGUAACAAGCCUUAUAAAAGAUUUUUCCAUAAACAUAAUAAGCAAUUUGCAGUGAUUAUUUUCAAAGAUUUGUUUAGUAAAUUUCAUUACUAUGCAACCCAUAAGGAUUUAUUGAUAAUAAUUGUGUGUAUCAAGCACCUUCUUAUACCUAUUACAUGGGCUAACAACCUAUUUAUUAUUAAUAGUGUUCUACUAAUGAAUUCUGCAAUCAAUACAGAUCUGGACCUACUUGGUUUGAAUGCAAUUUCAAUUAUUAUUGUAAAUCUUGCUUAUAAAAUGAUUGUUUAGAUUUUUAUGUAGAGUUUUAUUCUCAAACAUGUCCUACAGCAAAUUGCCCAGCACAAAUUAUAUAAAGGAUGCUACUUGUUAUGCUUAGAUGA